AUGACGAGAUUGACUAGACCAAUGGUGAGAUCACCAAUCUCCUUACCCUCGACACCAUCACAGUUGUUGCACUCUGCAUCCUUAUCGUCAUCUCCAUCUUCACCAUCAUUAGUACAACAAUCACACUCAUACCACGGUGACUAUUUCUCAAUCAAACCCAAACUUUCAUUAGAUUUCGCCCACUCAAGUGAUAACUUCUCCGAUGAAAGUGAGCUCGAGAAUAAUAGCACUUCAUUUGUCGAUGAUGAUGAUAUAGUAAAAGUCAGAGAGACUUUUGACAAUAUCUCUAUCGAUAUUGGUGCUAGCAAUCCAUUUGCUAAGAACAAACACCAAUGGAGUUACUCGCCAAUCACACCUUAUGACAUUGUUGAUGAAAACCAUACAAUCACUGUAUCUACACCCAAAACUAACUCACAGUUAUUAUACACAACCACCUCACCACAACUGCCGAGAAAAGAAACCUUAUCCUUGAAGUUUGGACCAUCCACAUUGAAAUCAACAGUCAGCACUAGUACUAGCACUAGCACUAGCACUAGUACUGGCACUAACACUGAAACUAAAACUGUUACAACUGCGGCUAAAAGUACGAACUUUACCCUUUCGAUGCCCAAUCUUCAACAACACAAAUUUCUUCUUGUUGACGAUAACUUGAUCAACCUCAAGAUUCUCAACCGCAUAUUGCUCAAAUUGUACCCCAAAGCACAGAUCACCCAAGUCCUCGACUCGACCAAGGUUGCUAAGUUGGUAGAGGAAAACGAAUACGAUGCAGUAUUUAUCGAUAUUGAGAUGCCCGUGGUGAAUGGAGUUCAAAUUGCACAGUUUAUUAGAAGUGAUGUGUCCAAAGAUGAUCUUACUGUGAUUGCAGUCACCACAAGGAAUUCCAAAGAAGAUUUGGCAUUAUUUGAGAAAACCGGUAUUGACUAUACAUUUGGCAAGCCAUUGAAUUACAAAUUGGAUUUCAUGGCUAAUGUGAUUGAUGAAAUAAUUGAGAGACGAAAAGGACAAAUGAUUAAGAAGAGUGUAAGCAGUGUUGAAAGUGGAGUUUCAUUAUGCUCAAAAGAGUCCACCAACACUCUACUCAUUGCAUAG